AUGACCGUCAGCCAAAAUGCCGUUAGCGUUUUAAACCCAGUACUGCUUGAAAAGAUUGAUAAGCUCCGUGACUGGAAUGUUGGUCACCAUGUGCCUCUGCCUCAGCUUGUUGUGGUCGGAGAUCAAAGCUCUGGCAAAUCUUCCCUACUGGAAAGCUUGAGUGGAAUUCCCUUUCCAAAAGACCAGAACCUUUGCACUCGUUAUGCAACGCAAAUCACGUCUAAGCGGGAAAGUGAAGAUGGCGUUCAAAUAAGCAUAACUCCUGGACCACACGCAUCGGACGAGCAUAAAGAUCAACUCAAAGGGUUUCAUAGACACCUGUCUUCAGGCUCUGAGUUCCGAAAGCAAUUUACAGAUAUUUUGAAGAAGGCCAAUGAGAAGAUGGGUUUACGGACAGAUCUAGCAACGGACAUUGGCGCGGUGUUCAGCGAAGACGUUCUUAAGAUUGAGAUAAGCGGGCCACGCGAGGACUAUCUCACCAUCAUUGAUGUUCCAGGAAUCUUCCGCAACGUUGUACAAGGGACCACCAAAGAUGACAUGACUUUAGUGAGAGGCAUGGUGGAGCGCUAUAUUAAAGACGACCGCACAAUUAUUUUGGCAGUGCUGCCAAGCAAUGUCGACAUUGCUACGCAAGAGAUCUUGACGCUUGCGGAAGAUUAUGACAAGAUUGGCGAGCGUACCCUUGGUGUGCUCACGAAGCCUGAUUUAGUACUUGAACCCAGUGCUCAGGCUGCUGUCCGUAAUCUUGUCCUGGGCAACAAACGCCCACUUUCUCUUGGCUAUUUUCUUGUUCGAAACCGCGGAGCAGAUGGCGGUGUUGAAGAGCUGUCUGAGCUUGACCGAGAGUUCCAGAAACAGCAAUGGGUUGAUCUCCCAAGGGAUCGAGUAGGCAUUGCAGCUCUCAAAGAUCAGCUCAAGUCGCUGUUGGUCGAUAUUACAAAACGCGAAUUUCCCAAGUUGAUCAAGGACAUCAAUGAACAGAGCAAAGAGUGCAAGAAAGAACUGGACAGUCUUGGUCCACCUCGCCAGCACGAGCGGGAGCAGCGCAUUUUCCUCAGUCAAAUUGCUGGGAAUUUUCAGAAGCGUGUUAGAGAAGCAUUGGACGCUCAUUAUAACGCUGAUCCGGUUUUCAAGCAAGACGAGUUUCGUCUCAUUACUCAUGUGGUGAAUAUCACCGAUGUUUUCAGUGCUGAUUUUCGGGAGACUGCGCAUUCACGGCACUUUGAGGAUCUUAGACUGCUGAAGCCGAAUGUGACAGAUGAAAAGGUGGAUGGGAGCCCCCCCGACUGCAAUUGUAAAGAGAAUUCGGCUGGGCUGAUGAUAGACCAUCUGCGAGUGCUGCUCGAGAAAGCAAAAGUAGAUGAUAUUGCACCGGGGGAAUAUUCUGAACUCGGCGAUAUCAUCAUACCUCUCGAAGAGAUUUCCAAGCCAGGAGACAACUUUACUACUUGGAUGAACGACGUCUACUUGCAGUCAAGAGGCCUGGAUCUUGGCACAUUUGAACCGCACUUGCUUUCCAUGGCCUUUACAGAGCAGUCGCGCAAAUGGGGAGACAUGACCAAGACGUAUAUGAGAAGAAUCAUCAUCGCCCUUCAUCGUUUCAUCGCCGCCGCUCUUCGGUCCGUCUGUCUUGAAGAUCAAGCUCGCAGCCACCUAUGGUCCGCUAUCCUUGAGGAGCUGUUGAAGCGCUACAAGGUAGCAAUGGCCCAAGCCAGUCUAUUGAUCGAAGUGGAACAGCGCAAGCAGCCUUAUACGCUUAAUCCACAGUUUAACCAGGCCUGGUCAAAAGCUACUGGCUACCGAAUCACAGAGCUUCUGCGUCCAACAGCCAAGAAGGAGAGUAAGCAGUACGGAGUCGUUCAGUACAUGGUGAAUCUGGAUGACAUUGCCAAAGCUGCCGAAGGCAAGCGGAAUGUGGAGAAGGUGCAAGAAGAUAUCCAUGAUAUUCUUCAAGCCUAUUAUAGUCUGGCGACCGAGCGCUUCAUCGACAACGUCUUUCAUCUAGCCGUCGACCACUGCUUAUUGCAUGGUCCUGACAGUCCGCUUCAAGUGUUCAACCAAGACUGGGUCAUCAGCUUGGAACCUGAGCAGCUCGAGCGGAUCGUUGGUGAGACUAAAUCUGCCAAGGGGCGUCGUUCGGCACUCAUGAAGAAGCUUAAUGAGUUGUCUCAUGCCUUGAAGAUUCUCAAGUCGUAA